ACUGUAGAAGUCAAAGGUGUUCAACUGGACAACUGUUGGGUUGUACCACAUAAUCUUUAUCUUUGUAAAAAAUUUAAUUGCCACAUCAACAUUGAGAUUUGUUCUUCUAUUUGGGCAGUGAAAUACCUUUUUAAAUACAUUUACAAAAGGCAUGAUCAUGCAACUAUAAUAAUUAGUAACAAAGAAAAUUUAAAUGCUGGCUCAAACAAGCCUGAAAUAGUAAAUGAAAUUCAACAAUACCUAGAUGCCCGUUAUGUAUCAGCAUUAAAAUCUUUCUGGCGCAUUAUGCACUAUAAAAUGCAUAAUGAAGCAUCUGAUGUUAUUAAACUAAGUAUACAUUUACCAAACCAACAUUUAAUAACAUUCUCAGAUAAUGAAGCAUUGGAUAUAGUCUUACAACGAGCAAAUAAUCAACAAACGACCUUAACAGCAUAG